CCUGUCGAUAAGAGACUAGAAUGUGUAAUAUUGUAUAUUUCCUUAUUUCAAUAAGAAACAUUGGUUUAUCUAUUCUGGGAUUAAGACGGGCUUCUCCUCGUUGGUUGUGGAUCAUGGACUUCAAAUAGAGGAUAGAGGAUUAUAUCAAGAUGGAGGAAACUGUUGAAUUGGACUACAUCACAAUGACAGAGAAGAUGGCGGCCAAUGAAAUAAAGCCAGAAUAUUCUGUCAUACCCUCUCGGUCUUCACGUGAAAAAUAUACACCGCAUUGUGGAACGCAAAAGCAAGAUAAUUCAGAAUACUUAAGUUUGGAUUGCAGACCUAAGGACAAACCGGGGCAAGACAAGGGCGCACAGAAUUUGUAUCUGAAUCCACAAAAUGCUAGUCAAGUUGACAUUGAGGAAACUAUAUUUAGGAAUUCAGAUAGAGAAAAUGACGAUCUUCGCAAAAUGGAUGGCAGUUUAUUUGAGAAAGAAAGCGAGCAUUUAGACGUAUUUCCUCCAGCAUGUUCUACAAGUGGGGGCAUUUUAAAUCCUGUGAGAGGAAGAAAGCAUGGAUAUGAAAUGGCGAUAACGACAGAAAAACGGGUAUCAGAAAUCAGUGACAUGAUGGGUGAUUAUUGCCAACUAAAGCAUGACGAUACAUUUUCUGCACAGAGACAUUUGGAGAAAGAACACAGGAAGGACAGUAGAAUAUUAACGUGCACUGGUAUGACAACUAUCGAUGGCGAUAGAAUAGUUAUAGUAACUAAAUGUGGACAGAUUAUCGUUUUAAGGUCAGAUGGUUUAUUCUUAUUCUUAAAAGAAUUUGAAGAGUCAUUUGGAGAUGUUGCAACUGUUGACAGCAAUGAAAUUGUGACGUCGUGUGGAUUCAGAGUCUCGUUUUUCUUAGUACUUGGUACAGAAAUAAAGGAAGAAAAAGGAAAAUGCAUCGAUUUUCUAUACGAGGAGACAACCGUACAUGGGAUUUCUCACAGUGCCCAGAAGCUUUUGAUGUCCUGUAACUUACAAAGUGUGGCGUUAUCACAUACACCGUCACUGAAAUUAUACGAUAUGAAAAGAAAGGUUACUAAAACUUUUGACAAUUUAAGAUUCAAGUACCCUGGCAGAGUUUUACUGAAUACUGAUGCUUCCAUUAUUUAUGUAGCUGACCAAAUGGAAAAGACAGUUACAUGCUUGGAUGCCAACGGCAGAGAACUCUGGAAAACGUUUGAAACAAAUUCUCCGAUUUCAAUUACUUUAUCAGAAGACACUCUUCUAGUAGCAUUCGAAGGAGCUGUAGAGAUAACAUGUUUGUUUUCUCGGAAUGGAACUGUCUUAAAAUCAGUUCCAGUCAAUGGCACUUUCUUGUCAAAAGAAUUUUUGCUUGCGCAAAAUGCAACAAAUAUCAUAGUAUGUCCCAGUGACCACACAGUUGAUGGAAUAUCCAACCUUGUGUUGUUCUCGCGUAUUAAACACACAUAUAAACAUGACAUGUUUGCCAAAAUUUCACAUGUUAAAAUGCUUAUGAAAGCAUUUCGCUAGGCAAACAAUGACUACAGGUCCAUGUAUAUACUCAGUAGUCCAUCGUAUAGCUAUCGUUAAUGUUCGGGAAAAUUAAUUUCGUUCAGCCUUGCAUGCAUAUUCUGCCGUAAAUACUACCGACAGUCAUUUUAUAUGAUAACGGAAAGCCCUCAAUCCUAAAUUGUUUUAAUUCUCUGUCAAGUAAGAAUUUUCAAUUUUUAGCCAUUUUACGUGAAGUGAGACCACUAAACGGAACAUCAAAGACAGGUGGUCAUCUGGUAUUUUGAUUGGUGGUCAUCUGGUAUUUUGAUUGGCGGAAGAAUUCGAACUUCUUUGCUUGGGUUUGUGUGAUGAUUCAGUGACAAAUAUCUCAGAAAAUUCACUGUUAUCAUUAAUUUUUGUUUGUAUUUUUUGCCAAGAUAAAAUUUUGUCUUUGCCUUAUACUCAGUUGAUUACAGCUAUAUCCCGAUUAAUAAUGCAACAUUUAUUAACUGUGUAUAUAUUUACAAUGUAGUUUUGCUCAUCCAGAUAUAUGUGAGUGAAGAAUUAUAAAGAGGUACAUUGCUUUAACCUUUUCAUCAUAAAAUUGAAUGUCAAUGUACAUUUACUUUUGUAUAAUUGAAAUAUAUAGGGGAACCCUGACUUUGGACGUAUUUUCCCAAAAGAAAGAUGGAACAUAGUCUGAUUUAAAAAAAAACCUUACACGCUUUAUCGACUUAGUAAAGUGACGUUUGGGGGAAUUUAAUAAUAGAAUAAGAAGGUUCGCACUCUAUGAUAAAAUACAACGGAUAACUUCUUUGUCCAUAACUUUAAUGACUACUUUAUUUAGGCUGUCCAAAACGGGUUUCACCCCUAAUUAGUGUAGAGUGUUUUGUCAAGAUGCCAAAAAUAUUUAUAUUUUCGAAAAUUUUCUAGAUAAUUUACUUUAUUAUAUAGCUAUUAUAAAAUCUGCGUAAAAUCUAGAGAAUGUUAGCGUUCAAUAUCCUGAGAAUUUAUUGAACGCUACCUUUGCAGUGCGUAAAUUGUAUGCGCCCAAAACAUUCCGAGUAUGAGCGUUCAAUAUUGACGUUACCGUCACGACGUAAACAAGCCAAAAUGGCAGACGACGGUCCUCCGAAUCUGACAGAGCCGGUAUUUGAUAUUUACUUAAGCAAAAUGUUUUACUGUACUUAAAUUAUGAUGUCCCCAUUUACAAAAUCAGUUUGCCUCAUGCAUUAAUGACAGGUUAAAUAUUGAACAGUUAAGAAAUGCAUGCUGAUAUUGCACACCUUCACCUUAGAUGCCAAUAUUGAUGAAUUCUCAUCUAUUUUGGAGUAUUUUGAGUGCAAAAGGAUUUAAUUUAACAACUAAAUACUUUAGCUAUAUAAUAAAAGGGUUAUUGAACUUAUAUAGGUAAAUAUUGACAGCCAACUCGUGCCAAUAUUCACCAAUACAAGUUCAAUAACCCUAUAUUAUCCUUCGAUUGCCAGUUCAACAAAAUUGUUUUACCAGUGUUGGUAAAAUAUGCUUGCAAAAUUUGGGACAAUAAUAACACAAAUGUUGUUAAUGAACGUGUUCAUCAAUAAAUUUUAAAUUCAAAACUUGCUACAUGUACACAUGGUACGUAGUAUAUGGUGAAACCGGACAAUUCCCAUUGUAUUUAAGAUAAUAUAAGAAUUCUGUCAUUUUAUGUUUUGGUCAAAACUUAUUGGUAAUGAGAAUAGAAUAAAAACUAUUAGACAUUUGUAAAUUUACCUCUAUACUCCAGCAUACCAGGAGUGAUACAUUCAACCCCUGAAUAUUUUGUAUCCAUCAAAUAUUGUAUACCUGUUCUUUAUCCUAUACAUGUAUUUGAAAUUUUUGUUAUGUAAAAUGGUCAAUCGCUAUUGUUAAUCAAAAUUUGAUUGAUGAAUAUCUGCAAAAAUGACACUAUGAUAAGAACAACUGAGAUAUGAUAGGUAUGUUGUAUAGUAUUUUUAUUUCGAAAUUCCAUUGUUAAACGUACUAUGUAAAAUAUCUUAACCCCAAAAUUGAUAAAGUUGCUGUCAUAUGAAAAUUAGAUCAACAAAUCAUCGUCUUCCAGUUGAAAUUCGUAGAUGGAGCAAUGUUCCCCGAAUUAAAAGAAUAUGUCAUCUUUGUAAACGUAGUUACAUAGGCGAGGACUAACACUAUUUGAUUGAUUGAUUAUAUAUUGUUUAACGUCCCUCUCGAGAAUUUUUCACUCAUAUGGAGACGUCACCACUGCCGUUGAAGGGCUGCAAAAUUUAGGCCUAUGCUCGGCGUUUACGGCCUUUGAGCAGGGAGGGAUCUUUAUCGUGCCACACCUGCUAUGGCACGGACCACGGAUUUUGCGGUCUCAUCUGAAGGACCGCCCCAUUCAGUCGCCUCUUACGACAAGCUAGGGGUACUGAGGACCUAUUCUAACCCGGAUCCCCACAGGAACUAUUUUCUUGAGUGUAAAUAACUAUUUUGUAUUAGCUAUGCAAAAAUACCUUUUGAAUGAUAUAUACCGACUUAAAUCAUACUAACAUUUAGUGUAUUUUAAUUUUGAAAUGUCUACAUGUACCAUUUAUGUUACAUAAGUUCUAUGACUAUUACAUGUAUGUGUAUUUAUGUUACAUAAGUUCUAUGACUAUUACAUGUAUGUGUAUUUAUGUUACAUAAGUUCUAUGACUAUUACAUGUAUGUGUAUUUAUGUUACAUAAGUUCUAUGACUAUUACAUGUAUGUGUAUUUAUGUUACAUAAGUUCUAUGACUAUUACAUGUAUGUGUAUUUAUGUUACAUAAGUUCUAUGACUAUUACAUGUAUGUGUAUUUAUGUUACAUAAGUUCUAUGACUAUUACAUGUAUGUGUAUUUAUGUUACAUAAGUUCUAUGACUAUUACAUGUAUGUGUAUUUAUGUUACAUAAGUUCUAUGACUAUUACAUGUAUGUGUAUUUAUGUUACAUAAGUUCUAUGACUAUUACAUGUAUGUGUAUUUAUGUUACAUAAGUUCUAUGACUAUUACAUGUAUGUGUAUUUAUGUUACAUAAGUUCUAUGACUAUUACAUGUAUGUGUAUUUAUGAAAAAAAUAUUUUGUUUCGAUUGGUCUCCCGAACUUUGAAAAUUGAAUACGUAUAUGUAAUUGAUAUACUAUAUGCAUGCUUAGAUAUUAUAGGGUUAUUGAACUUAUAUUGAUGAAUAUUGGCACGAGUUGGCUGUAAAAAUGCACGAGCUUGCGAGUGUAUUUUGACAGCCAACGAGUGCCAAUAUAAGUUCAAUAACCCUUUUAUUAUAUAGCUUAAGUAUUUAGUUAUUAAAUUAUAUCCCUUUUCACUCAAAAUACUCCAAUAUAGACGAAAAUUCAUCAAUAUUUACAUCUAAGGUGAAAGUUUGCAAUAUCAGCAUGCAUUUCUUAACUGUUCAAUAUUAAAGCCGUCAUUACGGCUUGUUUACGUCGUUACGGUAAGGUCAAUAUUGAACGCUCAUACUCGGACUGUUUCGGGCGCACACAAUUUACGUAAUGCAAAGUUAGCGUUCAAUAAAUUCUCAGGAUAUUGAACGCUAACAUUCUCUAGAUUUUACAAUAGACUAUUUAUUAGCUAUAUAAUAAAUUUAUAUAUCAUGUAUCUACAUAUAAUAAAUCCUGCUUUAGCCACUGUGUUUUUAUGUAUGUUUUAAUUUUUAUCACCAGCGAAUGAAUGAACUUGAACUUUGAAAAUUAUCAAAUAAACUAUACUUUUCUUGCAUGUA